CCAUACUUAGGACCGGCCUUCCUGGGCCAGCAAUUAGUCGGUUCACAAAACCCUAACGCACAGCUUACUGAAAAAGCGUGUCCAGCAAAACACCUAGCAAUCGAGUCGCAGAGAAAGAGAGAUAUGACGCAGAAAGGGAAUCUGUUUAAAGGGCAAAAGAAGCAGAAAACAAUCCCUCCCAAUCGCCAUGGAAAGCUUCCUCACAUUCGCAAAGGUAAGAGAGUCGUCAAGCCUUCAAAGAUUACGAAAGAGAUGGACGCUGACCGGGAGCUGACCAAGUUCAUAAAUCACUGCAAUGAGAUAAAGGCAGCCACUAUUGCCAACAAGGAUGGAGGCCAACUAAGUAUUGUCAAGCUACCCACAGACUCUUCUGGUGAUGUGAAGGAGUAGUAAUGAUGCUUUGUCAAGAACGUUCUAACCGCAGAACCUUCUGCAUGGAUUGUAAGAUGCUUUUUUUUUUUUUGUUCAAGAAAUACAACAAUCCAAACCCACCUUUUUGUUGAAGAUCAUUUCUGUGAAAUGCAUUCUUGAUAAAUAGACGUUAUUUGCCAACAA